AUGAAAACAACAAUUACAUCAGAUCUUGGGCCAUCAAAAGCUACAAUACAAGCCGAAAAGAUGCUUGAACAAGUUGAAAACUUUGUUGCUGCAAUCAGUAAGCUCCAACAAGAAGUAGAAAGAUUACAGGGUAUGAAAGAUUUAGCCCAAAUUCAUUUGAAUCAGUAUAAGAAAGAUUAUGAACUUCUCCACAAUGCAUAUAAGAACGCAAAUACAUUUGUUAACCAAAUUGAUAACAGCUCACCUAACUUUUCGUUAAUCAACCCUAAAAAGCCGGAUAGUGAUAAAGCUGAUUCAACUAAAAAUGGUGGAAGCCCAGCUGAACCCACAAUUUUAACCCCUUAUCCUCAAUAUCAAAAUUGCAUUACAUUAGAUUUUAAUUAUCAACACGAUUCAAAAAUUACAUGCCUAGCCAUUAGUAAUUCUGGAGAAUUCUUGGCUUUUAUUGCAUCAGAAAACGUACUUUUAAUUGAUAUUCCGGAAAAAGUCGUUGUUAAAACAUUUCCUUUACCUCAAGAUGAGCCUAUUAGAGGUGAUUCUCGCUGUAUUGCAUUUUCAAGAGAUGAUCAGAUGAUUGCAGUUAGUUAUAACGAUAAUUACAUCGCAAUCUUUGAUGCCAAUACAGGAGAUGUUAAAAAGAAACUCCGUAUGCAUACAAAAGACGUUUCAUCAUUAUUAUUUACUAGAGAUGGCAAGUAUAUGAUCAGUUCUGGCCAAGAUGGAUAUAUUUACAGCUACAGCUAUCCGAACUUCGAAGUAAUAUCAUCCCUAUCGAAUCAAAUUGACUCUAAGAAGCCUCAUCCCAUUACAGGUGUUUGCGAAGACAACGAUGGAAAAACCUUGUACAUUUCAUAUGUAAUUGGGGCCAUUUCAAUAGUAGAAUAUCCAAGCUUAGUAUCUAAAAUGAUUUUCCAGACUCACAGUGAUAAAUUGAUGGGAAUUUAUUUGGAUAAAAAUGAAGGAUUAAUUGCGACACUUAUGAACACAGCAAUUAAGAUUAUCAGGAUCACAGAUAAUAUUGAUCCUAUGAACAGCCUCCAAGGCCAUCAAAAAGUUAUCAUUUCGGGUACAUUUGCUCCAAAUGACCCUAUAUUUAUUUCGGGAUCAAAGGAUGAGAGCAUUAUAAUGUGGGAUUACAAGAACAAGCAGAAUCCGAAGAUUGCUGAAAUUAAAUAUCACCAAAAUACAGUUUUUGCUGUUGCCCACUCGCCAUCUGCACAUGAAUUCGCUACAUGUGAUGCAAAUGGCCUUGUUUGUUAUUGGAAAUAUGAUUUUCCUGGAAAUCAAGUUCCUAUGAUUUAA